AUGACAGAAUCUCUAGCGCACUUGUCGCCAUCAACAAUUACCCCAUAUUUUACCCGUUUAUCGAUUGAAGUAGUUCAAGGUUCCGGCAUUGGCUACAAGCACGAAACUCUUAUCAGUACCUUCUUAAGGUCCAUAGGUGAUAGUCCGACUGCACCAAAAGCUGCAAAGUUGGAGAUUCAAUAUAACAAACAAUGGUUGGGUGUGCGUAUGGCACGCAAAUGCCUGUAG